GGGAGGAACCAAAAUGAGAUCUCUUCUCUUCAUACUAUCACUCAUCUACUUCACCUCACAACCAUCCCUCUCAUGGAAGAAGGAAGAGUUUCGCACCUGUGACCAAACACCAUUCUGCAAACGCGCUCGAUCCCGCGCCCCCGGCGCGUGUUCCCUCAUCGCGACCGACGUCUCCAUCACCGACGGAGAUCUAAUAGCGAAACUCAUCCCUAAGAUCCCUAACAACCAAAGCAGCGAUCAUCAGAUCAAGCCGUUGAUACUAUCCCUCACCGUUUACACGGAUCGGAUCGUACGGCUCAGGAUCGACGAGGAUCAUUCACUGAACCCGCCGAGGAAGAGAUUCAGAGUCCCCGACGUUGUAGUCUCCGAGCUCGACGAUAACAAGAUCUGGCUUCAGAAACUCUCCACGGAGACGAUCUCCGGAGACGCCACUCCUUCCUCGAUAAUCCACGUGUCGGAUAACCACGAGGCGGUGGUGAGGCACGCGCCGUUCGAGGUGUAUAUCCGGGAGAAAUCAGGCGAUCGCGUAGUGUCUAUAAACUCUAACGGCUUAUUCGAUUUUGAGCAGUUAGAGAAGAAAAACGAAGGAGAUAACUGGGAAGAGAAGUUUAGAACUCAUACGGAUUCGAGACCUUACGGUUCUCAAUCCAUUAGCUUCGACGUUACCUUCCACGAUUCGAGUUUCGUUUACGGGAUACCUGAACACGCUACUAGCUUCGCGUUGAAGCCUACCAAAGGUCCUGGAGUUGCGGAAUCUGAGCCUUAUAGGCUAUUUAACCUCGAUGUCUUUGAAUAUGAACACGAUUCGCCGUUCGGACUCUACGGAUCGAUUCCAUUCAUGGUUUCUCAUGGAAAAUCCGGUAAAACCUCGGGGUUUUUCUGGUUAAACGCUGCUGAGAUGCAGAUUGAUGUUUUAUCCAAAGGAUGGGAUGCAGAGAACCGUAUUGCAUUGGGCUCUAGUGAGGAUAGGAUUGAUACAUUGUGGAUGAGCGAGGCCGGGAUCGUGGACACGUUCUUUUUCGUGGGGCCGGAGCCUAAGGAUGUUGUGAAGCAGUAUGCUAGUGUGACUGGUACUUCAGCUAUGCCUCAGUUGUUUGCUACUGGUUAUCAUCAGUGUAGGUGGAACUAUAAAGAUGAGGAGGAUGUGGCGCAGGUGGACUCGAAAUUCGACGAGCAUGAUAUUCCUUAUGAUGUUCUCUGGCUUGAUAUUGAGCAUACGGAUGGGAAGAGAUAUUUUACGUGGGAUAGUGUGUUGUUUCCGAAUCCGGAGGAGAUGCAGAAGAAGUUGGCUGGGAAGGGGAGGAGGAUGGUGACUAUUGUGGAUCCUCAUAUUAAGAGGGAUGACUCGUACUUUUUGCAUAAGGAGGCUACUCAGAUGGGGUAUUAUGUUAAGGAUUUGUCUGGAAAGGACUUUGAUGGUUGGUGUUGGCCUGGUUCAUCGUCUUACAUUGAUAUGUUGAGUCCUGAGAUUAGAGAAUGGUGGGGUGGAAGGUUCUCGUAUAAGAACUAUGUUGGUUCAACUCCGUCGUUGUAUAUAUGGAAUGACAUGAAUGAGCCUUCUGUAUUCAAUGGUCCAGAGGUUACUAUGCCAAGAGAUGCAUUGCAUGUUGGUGGUGUUGAACACAGGGAAGUUCAUAACGCUUAUGGAUAUUACUUUCACAUGGCAACUUCCGAUGGACUUGUCAUGCGUGGAGAAGGAAAGGAUAGGCCUUUUGUAUUGUCAAGAGCAAUCUUUCCUGGUACUCAAAGAUACGGAGCUAUAUGGACUGGAGAUAACACAGCCGAAUGGGAACACCUUAGAGUCUCUAUUCCAAUGUUAUUGACUCUUGGUCUAACUGGAAUCACAUUCUCAGGAGCUGAUAUUGGUGGGUUCUUUGGAAAUCCUGAACCAGAACUACUUGUUAGGUGGUACCAAGUUGGUGCUUACUAUCCAUUUUUCAGGGGUCAUGCUCAUCAUGACACCAAAAGACGAGAGCCUUGGUUGUUUGGUGAACGGAACACAGAACUCAUGAGAGAUGCCAUUCACACUCGCUACACGCUGCUCCCAUACUUUUACACGUUAUUUAGAGAAGCAAAUCUUACGGGUGUACCUGUUGUACGUCCGUUAUGGAUGGAAUUCCCACAAGAUGAAGCUACUUUUAGCAACGAUGAAGCCUUCAUGGUCGGUAGUGGUCUUUUAGUGCAAGGAGUUUACACUAAGGGAACAACACAUGCUUCCGUGUAUUUGCCUGGCAAAGAAUCAUGGUAUGACUUGAGGAACGGAAAGACAUACGUUGGAGGCAAGACUUACAAGAUGGAUGCUCCGGAAGAAAGCAUUCCUGCGUUUCAAAGGGCAGGAACUAUUAUCCCAAGGAAAGACCGUUUCCGUCGAAGUUCUUCUCAAAUGGACAAUGAUCCUUAUACUUUGGUGGUAGCUUUGAACAGUACUCAAGAAGCAGAUGGUGAACUCUACAUCGACGAUGGAAAAAGCUUCGAAUUCAAACGAGGCUCUUACAUCCACCGCCGCUUCAUCUUCUCCAAUGGUGUUCUUACAUCAACGAACUUAGCUCCUCCACAAGCAGGCUUCUCUUCCCCAUGUUUGAUCGACAGAAUUAUCAUCUUGGGACACACCUCUGGUCCGAAAUCCGCACUGGUCGAACCUUUGAAUCAAAAGGCAGAGAUUGAGAUGGGACCAUUGCGAAUGGGUGGGCUAGUAGCUUCCUCUGGUACAAAGGUCUUGACUAUCCGCAAACCAGGUGUCCGAGUGGACCAAGACUGGACCGUGAAGGUUCAGUGAUUGAUGAACCAUUCUCGCUCGUGGCCGAUAUCUACUUUUUUUCUGGCAACGGAGUUUGAAUACCUUUUUUUUUUUAUAUUUUUGAAGUGUUAGACUUAAAAGUAGUUGUAAGAGCUAUCAGUUUGAAAGUCACUUGCAUUGUUGUUUAACUUGAUACAAGAGUUUAGCGUUUUAAUAAUUUCAGUUAGACACACUCAUCCUAUAAAGAGUUGAGAUCAUAAAACGAAUUGUCUUGUAGUCAGGCCGGUCUAUCCGUUAACGUUUUCGUUUUGCUCAAAAC